CCCCUGCAGCCUUUCUGUCUGUCUGUCCGAGUGUUUUGUGUGCAUGUGGAAGCAGAGGAACGUGUGCUGAGGUCCUUUUAGCAAAGAUCCUCGGCACUUUGUAUGUGUAUGAUAGCGCAUGUCGUAAUGUGACGAGUUUAAAUAGCACUCUUAAUAAUUUGCACUCAUGAAAACGAGGUAUUUGUUUUUAUAUUUCAGAAAGCAACCAUUCUGUUAAGCCAAAGCAGUGUCUGACACCCUCUGGCUUUGUUCUGUCAAACCAAGGCUUCCUGUCUGUUUCGUGAUAUUUAGUUAGCUAGUUUUUAGCUUAUUACAGUCCAGGAAAGAUGUCCACUGACUGCCAGAACACAACUGCCAAGGCCAUCCCGUCGACCAGGAAAGUGACCAUCAACGACGUGGAUCACAUGCCCCACGACUACUCCACUACUCCCGGGGGGACCCUCUUUAGCACCACGCCGGGGGGAAGCAGGAUCAUCUACGACCGGAAGUUCCUGCUGGAUUGUCGUAGCUCUCCAGUGGCCAAGACUCCACCUCAAGGUCUGCCCAGCAUUCGCGGCGUGACCAGUCCACCCUCCAAAGAGCCCAAUGAGAAGACCCUUAAUGGAGAAGUUUUGAACAACAACAUCUCUGCACCUGAAAGUAGCAAUGCUGGUGAUGAGGCUCAGUUUGAAAUGGACAUCUAAGUGAAGACAAACAAGUAUGAAGAUGCUGUGAAGGAAAGCACAGGAGUACCUUCUCGUGACUCACCAAAAUUUGUGUGAAGACAGUUUUCCAGAAUCUUGUAGUUUCAAAGUCCGUCUAUCCUUCUUAUUGGUUGUUUUAAACCUCAUUUACUGUAUGUGUGACAAAGCGUGCCUUCCUGUUAGUGGCUCAGUUUUAAAUCCACACUGAGAAUUACUUUAUGCCAACAAUGCCUCAUUUACCAACAAUGAGAAAGACAAAAGGAAAUGAAAACUUGUUCUCUGAAUUUACAAACAUUCCAGAAAGAUUUGUCACCUGAUGUGCUUUCCCUUCGUACCCCCUCUCUUCAGAUGCUGCCUUCAGAUGUUCGAUACGCCGUAUAUGUAGUCAGUAAAAGAGAAGUGCUCCGCCUCAAAUAUUGCACAACGAAUGUAAAGCUGGAUUUUUUGAUGACAUUUUGAAACAAUUUUCACACGGUUUGAAGGGUGACAAAAAUCAUUAAAGCAAACACAAUAAAAUCAUGUGUUUUCUCUUUUUGUCAUGUAUGUUUCAGUGAGUAAGUCAUAUGUUUUAGUGACUCCUGUCUUCAUGUUUAGACCUGAGUAAUUUGCUGUUUUGAUAUGGAGGUAAGUGAGAAGCUAAUAAACAUUUUAAAGAUGUAA